AUGAUGCAGGCGAUGGCGGAUCCAGGAAAGUUUGACUUUGACAAUAGAGAAACAGAAAAUAAGUCUGAUGUAUAUUUCUCUUACGACCAUCCAUUUUGGUCAGAUUAUGAAGCUUCCGAAAAUGAAGUCAGCACUACAUUCCCUGUUAUCAAUUCAACGAUUCACUCCAGGCUUUCCAUCUUUGAAUUGAACAGACAAAAGUCUUUGACUUUUUAUCCCAAUUUCAUAAUUCUGAGCUGCAUCAUAGUGUUAGGUGUUUUGUGCAACACCCUGGUAUGCUAUAUCUACAGAUGCAGAUCGAGGCGAGCGACUUCGAACUUUUUCGUUAUAUUCUUUGCUGUUUUUGACAUGGUUGGUUGCAUUGCAGUUGUACCUUUGGAGAUAUCAGCCCUAGCUUUGCCGUACCUGUAUGACAUAGUUCCGUUGUGUAAAAUUAUGGGAUUUAUAGAGACAUGGGCUGUUUGUGCGCAGUGUUUGACGUUGAUCUGUGUGGCGUAUGAUUGCUACAGAAAAUUAUGUUGUCCAGAAAGGGAGUUCAGCGUGAAAAAAGCCAGGUUAUGUUGCAUUGCAGCAGUUGUCUUAGCAGUUUUGGUGUCCAUUCCAGCGUUAGCGGUGUUUGGAACAAAGAAAGUGAAAACAGUCUAUCAAGGAGUUUUUGGGGUGACGUGUUCCGUUGAUCAGACCAUGCCUCACUGGCUGAGGAUUCUGUAUAACUGCUGUGUUCUAGGAUCGUUUACAUUAAGCUUGUGCGUGAUGACAGUUCUCUAUAGUCUGAUUGGUGUUGGGUGGUGUAAACAGAGACAAGCUGAAGAAAGAGGAGAGAAACCCAGUCCCGCUAAACGGGAAUUUCCUAAAAAACACAGAUUUGUUCGAGAAGACACGAGCACAUCCAGAACGACCAGUUACAGUGAGGAAGUUAGCCGUCUGCACCACAACCACCAAGCAUCUGUUUCUCACAACAGCACACCACGUACUGAUCCCUCUCGAAUUCCUCUAAAAAGCAGUAGUGGAAUAGUAAAGUCCAACAGCCUUCAUACCAAUAGCUCCUCUCCAGCUGUGACCAUUGUCCAACUCCAUGUUAAACACACACGGCAGGCUUCCAUAUUUACAGUUAUUUCAAUCAUUUUUGUGGUAACCAUGUUGCCAUUCGUAGUUGUUAUGAUACUUUGUGCUACAACACCCGUAUUCAACCAUUUUUCAUCCAACACAACUGAAAUUGUGUUCAAUCUUUGCAUUCGUUCAUACCUCUUCAACUACCUGGUGAAACCUGUAGCAUAUAUCAUAUUUAAUAUGAACUUCAGAAAAGAAGUGAAGUUGAUUUUCAACACAUUGUGGUCAUUUUGUACAUUCACUAAAUUUAUCCCGGAACAGACGCCCCGCCAACUACAGCGAUCAGCUACAAUGGGUCCAACGCGGUCGGCAUCAAGAACACCAAUUUACAGACCUCCAAGAAGUUCUUGUUAA